GGAAGCGGGGCGCGUGAUCUGUCUUCACACGGAAGUCAGGAGAUUCGCUCGCAAAAUGGUCCUCCGCGCCUGCUGCUUUUCCUGCAUUUUCCUCACUUGUAGGAUAAAACCAGCCUGCGUGUUUUUAAACAGUUUAACGCUUUUAUUUAUUUUGCACUGGCCGGAGGCUGCUAAUACUGAGAACUCAUUAUACAGUGACCUUUUACUGCCAUAUCCACAUUCAUGGGGCCACGGUCCUCGGCACAGCCACCGUCAUGUAAGAGACUGUCAACCAGUGAUCUUUGGCAAUGUGACUCAUGAAACAUGGAUCAGUGAUAAAACUACUGACUUUCCUGUAGCUGUUACCAAUGUGUUUGUGUCAGUGUUUCCUACCACAGAAGGAGGAAAAAAGUCAGUUCAUGGCCAUAUGACUGUGAUAAACAAUCCUCUUCAUACAGUUUCAGUAUUAGAGCCCGGUGAACCUGAAGGAUGUAUUAAACGGCGUACUGCUACAGUAGAGGAAACCGCUCGUCCGAGAAAAUGCCUUGUUGCGCAGAAUGGAGGAUAUUUUGAUACUUCCACUAAUGAGUGCCUUGGAAAUGUUGUAAGUGAUGGAAAAUUAGUGAGAAACAGUAAAGGGAUUCAGAAUGCCCAGUUUGGUAUCAGAAAAGAUGGCACACUUGUUUUUGGUUACCUAUCUGAAGAUGAUGUAUUGGACCAAAAAAACCCUUUUGUUCAGUUAAUUAGUGGAGUCAUUUGGCUUCUUAGAAAUGGGACAAUCUACGUGAAUGAGAGCAAAAAAGCUGAAUGUGAAGAAACACAAGAAACAGGAAAAUUUGAAAAGUUUAUUAAUGUGGUGUCUGCAAGAACAGCAGUUGGGCAUAACAAAGAAGGAAAGCUCAUUUUAUUCCACAUGGAUGGGCAGACAAAUGAGAGAGGGUUAAGCCUAUGGGAAGUGGCAAAGUUUUUACAAGAGCAAGGUGUGGUUAAUGCCAUUAACCUUGAUGGUGGUGGUUCUGCUACUCUGGUUAUAAAUGGCUCUCUCGCAAGCUAUCCAUCAGAUCACUGUUCAAAUCCUAUGUGGAGGUGCCCUAGAAAAAUAUCCACUGUCUUAUGUGUACACGAGCCUCCAUGUGAUCCAGAAGACUGCAGUGGGCAUGGUGUCUGCGUGUAUGGAAAAUGCCAAUGUACAGAGGGUUGGAAAGGCCCUUCAUGCAAUAGCCUGGACUGUCAGCCUUCAUUCUGUGAUGGCCAUGGCUACUGUUCGCCAAGUGGAUGCGUCUGCAAUGCUGGAUGGAUGGGUGCUAACUGCAGUGAUGAAUGCCCUUUAGGAUUCUAUGGCCAGUCCUGCAAAAAUAUCUGUGAAUGUGAGCAUCCUUGUCUGUGCCAUCCUGAAACAGGAAAAUGUAAUGCAUCCUACCUGGAGCAGAUGAAAAGAACAUUACACAGAACUGCUCAGUGUCUCGAUUCACAAUCAUUUCAUACUUGGAAGAAAACUCUUGUGUUACAGAAGCAGACGUUUAACUUUUCAGAGACUGUUUGGAUUACUAUCACUUCAGCCCUGGGAUUAGGAUUCCUUACAAUUGCCAUUGUCAACCUGAUCUGUGUUUGCAGAAAAUUUUCUUGUGUUAAACAUGAUCCUUACUCCUAUUAUGCUUUGAAUGAAGUAAACAACAAGAUAGACAAUGGUGAAUAUUACAAGUCAGCGUUUGCAGAGUGGACUGACAAAGGCAGUACAGAUUUGGGUAUUUCAUGAACGCUUGAUUUCCUGCUGGUUUGCCAUAAAGAAUGCUUUUGGAUUUUUAUUUAAUUGGUAUUUUAACUAAAUCUAGUAAAUUGAAUUACAACUUAUGCAGUCCUCUAUUUCAAGAAGCAGGUCCAAAAAUGUCAGUAUUUGUCAGACCUUGCAACUAGUGUGCCAUUUGUACAGAAUUUCACUACCAUAUUUUAAACAUUCAGUUUUAUAUUUGUAGACAUAUGCAGUAUAUAUAUACUAUAGGGUAGUCCAGAUCUAAUUAUGCAAUUUUCA